CCCACGGCUUCAUCUGUCGCGUGGGUUGGCCGGGUCGCAGGGGCCUGUCUCUGGCCGCCCGGGACCAAGGGCGCUGGUGGAGCAGCUCGCCGCAGGCCCCGGGGUGGUAGAUAGCCCAGGGAGGUGUACAGUCUGCCCUGGGAACAAGGCCAGAAGCGUAUAAAACCUGGAGGAGACACCAUGGAAGAGAAGGUGUUUGGCCAGCAGAAGCAGAUGGAACCUGGGCAGAGGCUGCUUCCCAGCACUGAUUCCAACAAGGAGGCCCCGCAGGCAGCUGUGAAGAGAGAGUACUGGUGGAAGGCCUGGGCAAAGAAGCCAGUCACCUUUGAGGAUGUGGCAGUGAAUUUCACCCAGGAAGAGUGGGAAUGUCUGGAAGCCCAUCAGAGGGUUCUCUACCAGGAUGUUAUGUCUGAGACCUUCAAAAAUCUGGUGUCUGUGGACCUGAUCACCAAGCUUGAACAAGAAGAGAAACAGUGGGGAGCAGAUCUCUGUCCCCCAAAUGGAGAAGGCCUUUCUUCAGGAGGCAAGAAUAAGGAACUUCAAGAACAUAGCCAGAGUUUGAGAGAAGAGAACACUGGAUGCAGAGGGUCAGGCCUAUCCCCUGCUCUGGCUGGGUCCAUGGGCAGGGCACCAGUGUUUCCAGCAUCCAGGGCUGGGCCACCGUUUCCCUGCCACAUCUGUGGUAGAUGUUUCAGUAAGCGCUCCAACCUCCACUACCACCAGUUUGUUCACAAUCUUAAGGGGACUAACAACUGCAGCCAGUGUGGGAAGUCAUUUCGGAACCCCAAGGCCCUUAGCUACCACAGACGCAUACAUCUCGGGGAGAGGCCCUUCUGUUGCUCACUUUGUGACAAGACCUACUGUGAUGCUUCUGGACUGAGUCGUCACCGCCGUGUCCACCUGGGUUACCGGCCCCAUUCAUGCUCCCUCUGUGGGAAGGGCUUCCGGGACCAGUCUGAGCUCAAACGCCACCAGAAAACACACCAAAACCAGGAGCUGGUGGCUGGAAACCAGAAGCAUUUUGUGACAAUUUUAGGUACCACAGCUGGAUUCCAGGAACCCACUGUCAGGAGCCAGGAGCUUGUGGCCGGGCACCACACAUCAGUGACCAGGACCCAAGAACCCAUAUUUAAAACCAAGGGUCCUGUAGCUUACCCUCAGCCAUCUAUGAAUAGAAACCAGGAACCUGCAGCCAAGAACCAGGUGAUCACUGUGAGAACUCAGACACUAGUUACUACAACCCCAGGGCCUGUUACCAGGACUCAGGCAGCCAACUGUAGAGUCCUCUGCCUGAAUACCAGGUCUAAGUCUCACCCACCAAAGGCUUCAAGACUCAAGGUCUUCUCUUGCCCUUAUUGUCCCUUGACUUUUAGUAAGAAGGCCUAUCUUUCCAGGCAUCAGAAGGCCCACCUCACAGAGCAGUCAAACUGCUGCUUCUGCUGUGGCAAGUCCUUCAGCUCAUUGUCUGGGUUAGUCAUGCACCAGCAGACUCACUGGAAGCAGAGGAUCUAUCGUUGCCCUAUCUGUGACAUCUGCUUUGGGGAGAGGGAGGACCUUGUGGGUCACUGGGGGAGCUACAAAGGCAAGGGGCUGUGCCUGGGCAGUCCCCAUAAAUGCUGGGCUAUCCUGGGCCAAUGGCUUGGCCUUUUUCACAAUGGCUCCCCUAUAGCAGGGAAGGAAAUGGAUCUCCUAGGAUCCAUAUCCCCAGGAGAGGGGAGGCAAGGAAGUGAGAAGGUAUGCAGAAGCAGCAACUGA